UCCAGUGUCCAAGUUUGAUCUUCAGCAGGUCAGACAUAAUGCGCAACGUGUAAUCCGUCGGCCUAAUUACAUCUGAACUAAUCUGGGCCCCAGAUGGAGCUGUCAGCGUGGGUCGUGCUGUCUGCAAGGAGGAGCCGCUCAUUGCACGUUUGGCACUUGGAGGUGCCAUGUUGACUCAGGCACCAAAGGAGAUUUGCGCAACAUUUGUUUCAUUUGAGUUUCUAAGUUGCUGAAUGAUCUCUUGCGCGCAAAUAAAAGUUGUUUUUUAAUGGCUCUAAAGCCUGACUGAGUUUUUUCGGCGCGGAGGGGUCGAGGUCUGACGUCUUCAUUAAACACGGGAGUUGACGAAACCGUGCGUAAAGGGGUGAUGGGUCGCAGGAGGAAUGCCGCAGCCUCGCUGAUCCAGAUGUUGGUCCUGGCGCUGCUUUGUGUGCGAGCGCUCGGACAGGUGUUCAGUCUGACGCUCUCUGUGAAGGAGGGCCUGCCUGCGAAGACCAUCGUGGGGGAUCUGGGAGCGGUUCUGAGCGGACCCAGCUCCGGCUUCUUCAUCUCAGAGAGCAGGGACUCGUACGUGCUCAGGGACUUGGAGGUAGACGCAGACACUGGCAUCAUCUCCACCGCUGUGAUCCUGGACCGGGAGAGCAGGGACCGGUAUGAGUUCGUGGCAGCCACUCUGACAGGAGAGAUGGUCAGAGUGAGAAUCCAGGUGGAGGACGUGAACGACCACUCACCUGUGUUCCCCACUAAAGAAGUGAAGUUGGAGGUGUCAGAGUUGAGCCCACUGGGGAGUCUAUUUCAGCUGGAAGGGGCUAAGGACCAGGAUGAGGGGGAGUUUGGUACCCAGGGAUACAGGAUCAGAGAGAGGGAGAUGGGUGAGCUCUUCCAGCUGGAUUUUCGGCAUGGAUCUGACAACCAUCACAGUCUGGAUCUCAUUCUUAACACAAGAGUGGACAGAGAAACGCAAGACUUUUAUGUAUUGACCAUUGAGGCCUUUGAUGGGGGGAUCCCAGUCAGGACAGGGACCCAGCAAGUCAACAUCCAUGUCCUGGAUGAGAAUGACAACCCUCCCGUGUUCAAUCAGACUGAAUACCACACCUCAGUACGAGAGGACGCUCCAACUGGGUCAGCUAUCUGUCAGGUGCACGCCACCGACCGUGACCUGGCUGACAACGGCAGAAUCUCUUAUGAGAUCAACAGGCGGCAGAGUGACCCAAACCACGUUUUCUCCAUCAACAAAACCAGCGGACUGAUUUAUCUGGACAAACCGCUUGAUUUUGAAGCCCAGCUGUUCCACGAGCUGAUCAUCAGUGCGAGAGAUAACGGAGCUCAGCCUGAGUACAGCAGCACGUUUGUGGGAGUCAGGGUGCUCAACAUCAACGACAACAGUCCCACCAUCAGUGUACUGUUUCUCAGUGAGUCAGGAGACGCGGAGGUGUCAGAGGCAGCAGCGGUCGGGGACUAUGUUGCCCGGAUUUCAGUGUCAGACCCAGACUUUGGGGAUGAGAGAGUCACUGUUACUUUGCAAGGAGGGGAGGGGAAAUUCACUCUGAAGCAAACAGAUGAUUUCCUGUUUGCUCUGUGUGUAGACUCAGAGUUAGACAGGGAGGAGAAGGAUCUGUAUGAGAUGAAGGUGCAAGCAUCUGAUUUUGGAAGUCCUCCCAUGAGCAGUGAGGUGGUCUUCUUCCUGAAAGUAUCUGACGCUAACGACUGCCAUCCAGUCUUUGAGAAGGACGUGUACACCAUAAGCAUCAGCGAGGAUGCUCCUCAGGGAAGUUCCCUCAUACAGAUUCAGGCCACAGAUGCAGAUGAAGGCCACAACUCAGACAUCAAAUACUCCAUCCUGAAGUCCCAGCAGGACAACAUGAUCAGCAUCAACCCAGGGUCGGGUCUGAUCACCACGGCUUCGGCUCUGGACAGAGAGACGCAGGCGGAGGUGUGUUUCCUCGUGCUGGCAGUAGAUGGAGGGGAGCCGGCUCUGUCGUCCACAGCCACCGUCACCGUCAUGGUGGAGGACGUUAACGACAACGAGCCCGUGUUCCAGCAGCAGCUGUACAACGUGUCCAUACCCGAGCACACUGAUGUUGGAAAAUGCUUUUUACAAGUUGUUGCAUCUGAUGCUGACGGCCCUGAGUUUGGCAUGCUGCUGUAUUCUCUGUCUGAUGGCUUUGACAGUCAGGAAAAACACCCUCUCUUCCAAAUCCAGCCACACACAGGAGAGCUGUGUGUCUCGCACGACAUCGAUCGAGACUCGGGACAGACGGUCUACGACAUUGUGGUCAAGGCUGAAGAUCCCGGAGGCCUGAGUGCUCAAAUGUACGUGCAUAUUGAGAUAGAAGACCUGAAUGACAACCAACCAGUGUUUAACCCCGAGGAGUACACUAUGAGCAUCAGCAGCCACGCUCCUCCUGGGACGGAAAUCGUUACCGUCAUCGCUACGGACCGAGACUCUGGCAGGUUUGGACGGAUCACCUACAGCGUUCAGCCUGGAGACAUGUCCAACUUGUUUGCCCUGGAAAAACAAACAGGAAUGCUCUUCCUGAACGCCUCUUUGACCCACCUGGGUGCAGCCAGCAUCAAGCUCUUUAUAACAGCUCAGGAUGAAGGGGGUUUGACCUCACCUCGGCUCGCAGAGGUCACCAUCCAUGUUUUACAGAGUGCUUGUGUUCCAGCCGUGUUCCAGAGGUCACGCUACAGCUUCACAGUGGCUGAAGAUGCAGCUUUAGGGACUCCUGUGGGGACAGUGGAGGCCAAGAACCCCACUGACGUUGUGGAAUCUGUUUCAUAUCGAAUCUCUUCGGGAGAUCCUCACAGUUUGUUCUCUGUACAUCCCAAAUCUGGUCUGAUCAGCAUUGUUAAACCUCUGGACCACGAAUCUCAGCCAUAUGUUCUGCUAGUUCUUCAGUCCUACACUGACACUUCCCCCAUUUACAGCACCACCCAGGUUAACAUCACCAUAGCUGAUGUCAAUGAUAAUGCUCCUGUCUUCCCCAAAAAGAGCGACUCCAUCACCGUCUCCCAGAACACCCCACCUGGAACAGUGUUGUUCAUUGCUCAUGCUCAUGACUAUGACAGCGACGCUAAUGGGAGAGUGCAGUAUCACCUGAAAACUAGCACAAAUGGUACAUUUGUGAUUGAUUCUAAUCUUGGGACAGUUUCACUUAUUCAGAGUCUGGAGGUGGGUCAUGAGCUGAAGUAUGAUCUCCAAAUAAUAGCUAAAGAUGAAGGAGAGCCCCCCCUUAGCGCCACGUUGGCCCUCUCAGUAAACAUUGAUCAGACGGCUGCAGAGGAAAGCCUGGCCUUUGAGACAUUGGUCUAUCAAGUGGAGAUAGGUGAGAGCUACAGAAAGGACAGUCGGGUCAUCCAGGUGAGAGCACACCGAACCAGGGGAGUUCACACAUCCAAUUCAGGCCUUACCUACUCUUUACAGUCAGAAACAGGAUUCCCUCUGGCUCCUUUUCGUAUUCAUCCAAAGACAGGAUGGUUGUAUCUGUCCUGCAAUCUGGACUAUGAGACUGACUCAAAGUACCAGUUUCAGGUUUUAUCCACAUCCAGGGAGGCCUCAAACCUCACAGCGACAGCCUCCGUGACUGUCCUGGUGCUGGAUGUUAAUGACAAUGCUCCGGUGUUCAGCAGAGAGAUGUACUACUUCACUGUAUCUGAGGGCUCAUCACCACAAGGCCUUGUGGGAACAGUAAAGGCAUUUGAUAAGGAUUCUGGGAAAAAUUGCCAGCUAUCCUACAUUCUGCUCUCUGAUGGGAGAUUCUUUCGCAUCAAUGCUAAAACUGGUGAAAUUAUCAACUGGGUGGCAUUGGACAGGGAACAGCACAGCCAGCACAGUCUGAAGGUGAUGGUUACAGAUCAGGGUCACCCGCGACUCAACGCCACCGCCACUGUUCACAUUCUGGUCACUGAUGUCAAUGACAAUCCUCCACAGUUUAGAUAUCUACCGGUCAGCAAAGAGCUCCGUGUUCAAAUUUGGGCUGGUGUACCAGCAGGAUUCUUGGUGACAAACAUGUUCGCCAAAGAUCUGGAUGCUGGGGAGAAUGGAACGGUGACCCAUUCACUGGUUACAGUAGACGAUGGUGAAGGAGACUUUGAGAUCAACAGUAAAACUGGAGACAUCACAACAACUCAUCUUUUCAACCAAAAACACGAAGCAUUCUUCACUCUGAAGAUAAUAGCCAAGGACAGCGGAGCCAUUCCUCAGGAAGACACAGCAGUGGUUCAUGUUCAGGUUCAUGGACUGGAGGAUCUGCACAGCAGCCCUGAACACCAGGCACUGAGACAUUUCUCUGUGAGGGAAGACGCGGAGCCUGCAACGGUGAUCGGAUCUGUAUCUCCUUCAGAUAACGGCAGGUUUCAGUACACCAUCGCUGAGGGUGAUGGGAGUAUUUACUUUGGAAUCAACAGCUCCUCUGGUGACAUCUACGUUAACCAGAUGCUGGAUUAUGAGUCUGCUCAGCAGUACGUCCUCGUGGUGAGAGCGGAAGACACUGAUCUCUCUGCUGGUGCAAACGUGUCCGUGUUGGUGAGUGUGACAGUGGAGGAUGUGAACGACCACACACCCUGGUUCCCCGAUAAACUAGUGAUGUUCGGCUUGAGGGAAGACGCUGCUGUUGGAUCCCUGGCGUUUGCUUUUCAAGCCAGAGACGCCGACGGCACUCAUCCCAACAGCGCCCUCCGCUACACUCUGACCUUUGACCCUGAAGUCAGUGGGUCAGCGUCACACUUCCCCUUUCACAUGAACUCAGAAACAGGCAGUCUGACUGUAGCAGCGCCGCUGGACUGCGAGAGCACCUCUAGCUUUGUUUUCAUUGUGACUGCCAGCGACCAGGCAGAAAGGCAGCACGAGCGUAGACAGGCGGAAGUGACAGUUCAGCUCUUCCUGCUGGACAUGAAUGACAACCGGCCCGUGUUCGUCUCAGCUGACAGAGUUCAGCUGAUGGAGGAUGCUGAAGUGGGCAGUCUGGUGCAUCAGUUUGUGGCUAUAGAUGGAGAUCAAGGUGAAAAUGGGGCCGUGUCCUUCAUUGUUGUUGCUGGAAACAGAAAACGGUUCUCACUGGAGGAAAAAACAGGUCUUUUGUUUCUCUCUGCCCCUUUGGACUACGAGACCCGUCAUGCCCACCGUCUAACUGUCCGUGUGGUGGACCACGGCCUCCCCUCGCUGUCCUCCACCCAGACGCUGACAGUAGAGGUGGGGGAUGUAAAUGACCAGGCUCCUGAUUUCAGUCAGAACACCUACAACGCCAGCGUGGCGGAGAACAGAGACGCUGGAGAAACGGUCAUCAGGGUUUCUGCCAAUGACGACGACUCAGAGGAGAACUCAGCUGUGUGGUACAGUCUGCUGCCAGGUCCGGGCUACGAGUUCUUCAGCAUCAAUCCAUACACCGGCCUCAUCUCCACCACUUCACAUCUGGACCGAGAAAAGCACCAACAGUUUAUACUAACAGUGGAGGCUCGUGACAGUGGCACUCAGCCUCUUUCGGCAACAGCCAAGGUCAUGUGCUUCGUGCUGGAUGACAACGACAACCCUCCCGAGUUCAUGCAGUCGUGGUUUCAGGUCAACCUUCCAGAAAACCUCCCUCCUGGAGUUAUUCACACUGUUCAGGCCUCUGACCCAGACCUAGGAGAAAAUGGAACUUUACACUAUUCCAUGUUAGGUGGGGACUACAACGGUCGAUUCAUCAUCGACAGUCUCACUGGGGCUGUCAGCAUCACGCAGGUUCUGGACCGUGAGGAGACACGGAAUUUCACACUCACCUUACAAGCCCAGGAUUCUGGUCCAGCCCCACUCAGCUCCACCACCCAGCUCCAUUUGGUGCUGCUGGAUGAGAAUGAUAACGUCCCCUUAUUUAGCCGUGAAAGCUAUCACGCCUCCAUCAGUGAAGGCCUGUCUGCUGGAGUUGAGGUUCUGCACCUCAGCGCCUUCGAUCCUGAUGAGGGACCCAAUGGGGUUGUGACCUACUCCCUGACUGAGAACAGCAGCAACGGGGCUUUUUCUGUGGAGCCCUUUACCGGGGUGGUCCGAACCACCAGGUCACUGGACAGAGAACAAACUCCUCAGUUCACCUUCAGAGCUGUGGCCACUGACAGCAGCACUCGGGGCCCGCUGAGCUCCAUGGCAUCAGUGGUCAUACAAGUGGAGGACGUGAACGACAACCUGCCAGUCUGCAACAAGAAUCCCCUUAACGCAUGGGUUUCCUGGAGGACUUUGCCAAACCAGAUUGUUGCCACGGUGAUGGCAACAGAUGACGAUCGGGGUGAGAAUGGGACGAUACAGUUUAUGCUAUCUGAUGAGGAAAACCUAUUUGACAUCAGUGUGGAUUCAGGAGAGAUUUCACUGAGAAGACGAGUGGGGGCGUUCUUCACUGGAAGGAAGUUACAGGUGGUGGUGUCCGACCGAGGGCGUCCUUCUCUCACCUCUACCUGCUUGGUUUUCAUCCACCUGAAGGGAGAACAUGAUGGACUCCAGUUCACUAACAAAGUCUACAACACUACGGUUAAAGAGAACAGUAGGGCUGGUACUUUCAUUGCUAAUGUGGAGGCCAGUGAUCCAGCAGACAGCAGACUGAGAAUCACAUAUACCAUAUUCAAUGGCAACGAGAAUGAGAUUUUCACUAUAAACCGGCACACAGGUGAGAUCCGAGUGCAGAAAGACUCAUCCCUAGAUUUCGAGGCAAACCCUCAGAUCCAGUUGGUUGUACUUGCUGACAGCGGGAUGCAGACGGCUCACUGCAGGGUUUCCAUCACCCUGCUGGACGUCAAUGACAAUGCACCGCAGUUUGAGCACAGCAGCUACAGGACAGCUGUUUGGGAGGGCCAAGUUCACAACACGUACAUCAUGCAGAUUUUUGCAUCUGACGCUGACAGUGGCAUAAACAGAGAGAUAGAGUACGCCAUUCUGUCUGGAAAUACAAACCAAGCUUUUAUUUUGGACUCCGCCAGAGGAAUCCUGGCUACCAACGUUUUACUGGACCGUGAGAUCACUCCCUCAUAUAAGUUGGUUCUGCAGGCAGCUGACCGAGGACGGCCACCUCUCAGCAGCACCACCACCGUUAGGGUCCAAGUGGUGGACGUCAAUGACAAUGGCCCUGCCAUCCCCCCCAUGGAGCCUGUCUUCAUAGCUGAAAAUCUACCAGCAGGUUACCUGGUCACUCUGGUGACUGCGAAUGAUGUUGACCUGGGCUCAACCAUUACCUACAGCUUUCCAGACAACAGCAGCACGAGUGAUCCCUUUGCCAUCGACCGCUACACUGGAGUCCUCACUUUGACUCGAGCUCUGGACUUUGAAGUGGAGGUGGAGUACAUGCUGACGGUGUGGGCAUCAGACUCAGUCCAUUGGGCAUCUGGAGGGGUCAAAGUUCAAGUGCUUGAUGUGAAUGACAAUGCUCCUGUCUUUACUCAGGCUUCCUAUCAGGUGGAGUUAUCAGAGCUGGUCACUGCAGGCUCUUUAGUUGUGUCUGUGUCAGCCAUCGACAGAGACUCUGGGCUCAAUGGAAACAUCAGCUACAGACUACUUUCAUCUCCUCUUCAGGGCUUCUACAUCCAACAAGACACUGGUUCUAUUUUCACCAAUAAACCCUUAAAGGCCAUCACAAACAGCAACCUGAUCCACCUUCUGGUUGAGGCAAGAGAUGGAGGUGAUCCCAUGCUCUCUACGGUCACCUCUGUCAGCAUUCAGAUUCUUGACUCCAACGACCAUGAGCCUUUGUUUCACCAGGAUGUCUACACACUCUCUGUCUCUGAGAAUACACCAACAGACACUACCCUUUUAACUCUUUUUGCUGAAGACAAAGACUGGAGCCCUGAAAACACCCAUUUAGACUAUGCCAUUGUCAGUGGAAAUGAGGAAAAGCGAUUUUGUUUGAAAGUGAAAAUGAUACUAGUUGAAAAUCGAAUGACAAAUGUAGGAAGACUUGUUCUGUGCAACCCUUUAGACCGGGAGACUACUGAGAACUAUGCAGUAACAGUAAGUGUUUCUGAUCAAGGUACACCGCCACUAAAGAGCUCGGCUGUCGUCAAGGUGACCGUUUCGGAUUGCAAUGACAACCCACCCAUCUUCCCCAGCACAGAGUACCACACACAAGUGAGUGAAAACAGCCAGGUAGGAACCAGUCUGAUUCAGAUCACUGCUCAGGAUCCUGACCUGGGUACGAAUGGCCUUGUAAGGUAUGACAUUAUUUCUGGAAAUGCAAAAGGCCACUUCAAACUUGACCACAACUCUGGCCUUUUGGUAGUCAACCAUUCACUAGACUAUGAGCAGGACUUGAAAUAUAUCCUCACCAUCAAAGCCACUGAUGGUGACGAAGCAUCCAAAGACCGUCUGGUGGCAUUCACUGUCAUCUUCAUUCAAAUUUUGGAUGAGAACGACAACACUCCAUAUUUCAUGUUCAAGACAGUCACAUGUUCCGUGCUAGAAAACCUCCCAGCAUUUACCCAUACAUGUUCUGUUCAUGCUGUUGACAAGGACUUAGGCCACUAUGGCCAGCUCACAUAUUCCAUUCUGUCCUCCUGUUUUGUGGACUAUGGAAGUGGCAGUCCAGAGAGUAAGGAGGCCUUUGCCAUUGACCCACAAACAGGAGACAUUCACACCAGACAAACAUUUGAUUACGAACGUGAGAAUGAGUACUGCUUUGUAGUGGAAGCAAGAGACAACGGAGGAAAAACAGCCACACUGAGAGUGCAGGUGAACAUUAAGGGAGUGGACGAGUUCAGUCCUGUCUUCACACAGAGGCAGUAUAACUUCCUCCUCCCAGAAAACGCAGAGACUGGAGAGACAGUUGGUUAUGUGAUGGCGAUGGACCAUGAUGGAGGGGUAGAUGGACUCGUGGAGUAUUCUCUCCAAAAUUAUUCACUGUUUUUCUCGAUUGACAAAACAAUUGGUGCCAUCUUUGUGUCAGGUCCUGUAUAUCGUAGGAGAGGCAGCUAUGGCCCCCAAGAUAUGGUAGAACUAAUUGUUUCUGCAGGCAGUCCCAAACUCGGCUCUAGAACUACAACUUGCACUGUCUUUGUAAACAUCUCUAGCUCUGCUGAAGCACGUACUGGGGUUCGUCUUGAUUCACACAUGCUUAGCUUGACUGUCUCACUACUCUUGUUUGUGUUUGUUCUUGUCAUCUUUAUGGGCUUAGUUCUCAGGUAUAAAGUUACAGAAGUUACGCUGAGAAAAGCUGCUGCUGUUGUUACACAUUUGAGCCAUGAUACGGGCUCAUUUCAUGAACAGAACAGCCAAAUGGAAAGUGCUGUAUCUUUGCAAGAGUUGACACAGUCCCGCAACCUUGAAACAAAGAGGGCCAUCUCAAACUCCCACAGUCAGUCAGAUUCUAGUGGUCGGGGAUCGGCAGAGGGGGAGACAGCUGAAGAUCAGGAAAUCAAAUGGAUCAAUAAGUACCCCUUCUGUAAAGGGGAUGACUUCAGCAAACAGGCUUCAGAGAAUCCCAGCUCUGCCUUACCAGGAGAUAAUCGCUCCUGCCAUUCUGUGGAUUUAGGACCAGAACAUAUUUUAUCACUCAAUAAACAUUUAGAUGCAGGUAUGCCCAGCAUUGAAAGUCUCCACCAUUUCAAAGAGGAGGGAGGAGGGGAGGGAUUACUUCCUGCAACAAUUAGGGUGAAAGAUUUAGAAGAGUGCAUGGGGACCAAAGGGUACGCCCCCCUCUCUGAAACCCCUGCAGACUCUCUGUCCUCACUGCUUUACCUUGAGGAGCAGCUGCAGGGCAGCUACAGCUGGGACUACCUUUUAGGCUGGGAGCCACACUUCCAAAAUCUGGCCUCAGUAUUCACAGAUAUAAGUAUGCUACCUGAUGAGGAGCACCAGGGUGGCUGUGAAGACUUAACUGCAGAGUCAAACUCUCUCAUGCAUCCACCACCUCUGAUAACAGGAGUGGCUCAACCUGGCAUUAGAACUGUUCCUCCAAGAAAACCAAUUCGACCGAGUAUGAGCAGGAAGUCCUCCUACCCCAAAUACGCUUAUUCACCGUUAGCCAGGAACACAGGACUUACCCCAUCGGCUAUGACCCCUAAUUUCUCCCCAUCACUGUCUUCCCUCACUGUCAGAACCCCCAACGCCUCCCCAGUUGUCUCGGACACUGGGGUUGGGGGGGUCAGACUUGAUGCAGGGCCGCACACCGCAAGCCUUUUGGAGGCUGAGAUUCAAGUGUAAACACAAUUUAUUAUUAUUGUAAAGAGAUAGGUUUUUUUGUUUACUGAUAAUUGGACAUAUGCAUGGACAUAUUUCCAACAGUGUUGCAGUUUUUAUUUCUUAUGUUUAUUAAUCAUUGUCUCUACGAGUUUGGCUUCAAAGGGAGAUCCAAGUAUACCACUGUUUUCUAGAAAUCAAUUAUUUACAUGCAGGUUUAUUUCAUUGCCUACUAUAGUAACAAAUCUUAUUGUGAAAUGCUUGAGAUGAAGCCUGUCUUGUAUUAUUAUCUUAUAAUGCAUCAUCUCAAUGAGAACAGAUGUUUCAUUCAGAAAUUAAUUAUCGAAUUUUUCAUUGUAAACAUGUUUGCAUGUGCAGAAAAUGAAACACUUCUUUUAUUGCUGAUGUUUUUAAUCUUCUAAAAUGAAACUUAUUAUGUGUGAUUUGACUUUAAUAACCAAAAGGAGAGGCUACAUUAUUCUGUGACAAUGUGUUUUAUUUAAAUCAUAAAUACUUUUUUGAUUCCAGGCCUUUUUAUUGCCUUUCACCUUAAAUAUGAAACAUUAAUUAUAGCUUUGCUGGCAUAAAAAUGCCAACAAAGCUAUAAUUAAUGUUUCAUUUGGGACUAUUUUGAUAUUAUGAAUAUUUAAAUAAUCAAAAACAGUCUAGUUUUACUUGGACUUCACCUAAAUCAAAAGAAAUGAAAUAUUCUUUGUUAUUGGAGCCAGACAUGAUGUUGUUUUAAUCUAAUUUUUAUAAAACCAGUUCCAGAUUAUUGCUGUUGGACUCUUGAAUAGAAAUGAUCUGUUCCUUUCAUGAUUGUUUCAGUGUGUGCCUGCCUAUUAACUACAGAUUUCUAUUGUAGAUGAACAACCUGUGUCAAGAUAAAGCACUUUAUGUACAAAUUUCUGUUAUUUUUUUAACAUUCAAUAUUAAUAAAUUUGCUAAGAAAUAUAAAAAACUGCUUCCAUUAAUGUCUAGUUCUUAUUAUGAUGCCUAUAAAAGAUGUUGUUGUUUUGAUGAUUCCUCAGCUUUCACAUGUGCAGAUUGUGUAUUUUCACUUCCAAAAAUGAAAAAGUGGAAAUGAGCCAAGAAUGACUAAUUUGUGCUUGCAGUGUGCUUACGGAUGAAGGAAUGUCAAGAAAUACUUUUCCACAAAGAAGCACACCCUGUCUCAUUUUUGUGUAUUUGUGUUUCUACCACUGCUUACAGUUUUUCUCUUAAAUCAGAAGUGAUUAUCUGUGCGAUGCAUUCAAUGAUCCAGCUUCCACCUUCUCGUGAAUGAUACGCAUUUCCGACAUUAACUUCAAGCCUCUUCAGAAGCGGAAUAUCUUCUUCAUACGAGCGCAUAGGACGUCCAUGUUUCACUUUGUGAAAAGGUAAAAGAAAAACGUUGCGGAGUGCUUGUUGCUGCUCUUCAUUUAGCUUGUCUUUCCAUUUGUUGUGUGUACCACUGGGCCUCUGGUCGUGACUGCGUCCAGCUUCAUUAUUAACAUCCCAAACAACUUUCUGAUGUUCUCUGCUAUUAAUAUGUUUAUCAAAUGCUGAAUGAUUGAAGUUUUUAGUGCCUAUGUAAAAGGCACUGUUUUUGUCUGCCAGGGUGAGAUUUUCACUGCAUAAUCUGCAUCUCUGUGCGUUCAUCGUUUGCUUGAAGCCAGCCGACCUCCUGCAUUCACUUCUCCGCGAAUACUCUUUUCUUUUGCGGUUCUGACUCAGUCUGACGUUUUUUGGAGCCGAAUGAACACCAAAAUAAUUACUUAAUGGAGCUUGCUUCUUUGAGAUCUUUAAAAUACUCCA